AUGCCGGCACCGCCGAAGCGCCCGGAGGAGGAUGAAAGCUCGCUUCCAUCUCCGCAGCCCGUCCCGAACCGGGUUCCUGCAGGACCCGGGAAGCUCUCGAGGAACAAGGGCAGGCUGAUGCCAUCGCUGCCCGAGGAUCAGGAGCUUCACCCACCGAGUCCCAUGCAGUCAGGCGAGUGCUUCCGUCUCCGGCAUGUCCGGGUGGAGGCCUUGCUGCAGGACGGCACCUUGGGCCUUCUGUUGCACGGCACCUCCGUGGUUGGCUUCUGCAGCGAGGAGGCGGCCUCGCACGGCUGGUUUGUCGGUGAUCAGAUCGUGGAAAUCAACGGGAAGCGUGUGGCAGCCUUCGACGAGUUCUUGGAGCAAUUCCUAGCCGCACAGGUCCAGGGCUUUCCGAUUGUCUUCAGCGUGCUCCGGCGAGAAGCUCCAGAAGAAACCCCCGACGAGGAUCCUCUCGAAAGCUUCUUCAGCGAGAUCGACUUUGUGGAUCUGGCCGGACGGCUGAAGAAGAAGUUCGGGGGAUCCCCCGGCAAGGCCGAGCUGGCGAGCACGGGCAGCUCAGGCGAUGCCAUCCUGGAAAAUCCAUACAUCCAGGCCCUUCGCCGUCGGCGCACCGAGCUGAGCAAGAGCCCGGAGGGAUGGAGUGAAGAAAGUCAAUCGCUCGCUGCCAAGAUGGCCACGGAGCGUGGUGAUGCUUUGGCCACCCUGAGUCGUGCUUCGACCGACACGCCGCGGAGGUUUGAACGCAGAGCUGGCCUGCUUGAUUGGUCCCUAUGCAUCAUGCGGCCGUGCCACGAGAAGGAGGUAGUGGACGAGCUUCGAACAACCCCCCGAAUGGAUUACGACUAUGCGCAGGCACCCAAAUGGCUCGCCAAGAACAAGGUGGCCAUGCCGAAUGCUGUCGUUCUCAGCGCCAGGGGGCAGCCAACGUAA